AUGUUCGCUGCGCUGCCUCCAAUGCAGCAAUUCCGCCCUCUGUCCAAUGCAUCCCCUUGGACACCAGCACGCCCAUCCCCGCUGUCCCCCCGCAGACUCCCCGCCUAUUCCACAGAACCAAACACCCACGCUUCAUCACCUCCACCCCUACAACCACAACCACAACCACAGCCACUCUUCACAUUCUACACCGAACCACCACCCACCAAUAGCGCAGGGGGCGCACCUCCAACCGACCAUCAAACUCUUUCCUCGCGCUCCAAAACCUCAUCCACCUACGAACAGCGGUACAGAGAUACCAUCUCGCACCGUUUCGUCGCGCAGUCUCAGUCUCAGUCCCAGUCCCAGUCCCAGUCCCCCCGAACACGCCCUCGUACUAACCCGUCCUCCUCGCCCUCCGCCCGAACCGCGCGCCGCAACGCGUUCCUCUCCCGCAUAAAGCAGGACCGCGAGGCCGGCCGGUUCGAGCCCCGCGGCGAGCACCUGAUGUUCAUGGAGAAUCUCGCGGAGCAGAGGAAGUGGAUCGAGUCUAUGCGGCGCCGGGCGGAAAUCGAGGCGAUCGGAGUGCAUGAGGCUGAAUCUGAAUCUGAAUCUGAAUCUGAAUUCGAAUCUGAGCGAGGAGAAGGAACAGUAGAAGAAGGAUUUGAUGAAGAGGAAAUCCAAGCCCUACACGAGUAUCUCGAACAAGAACGUGCCCUGGAAAUGGAGUUCCCGGAUCCCGGGGUCUCACCAGGCCAGGCAAGCUCGUCAUUUAGCGAUGACGAGUACGAUGAUAUCUUUAUGGAUUUGGCGGACCACAGUCCGCCCAGCCAGAAUAUGGAUAUGGAUAUGUCUCUUUAA